AUGGAGGAUCUACAUUCAAGCACUAGGAUCAACGUGGAGAUUUAUGUACUAAUGACCGGUGAAGAUGUUGCAACAUUGGGACCACAAGAAGUCACCAAGACCCAUCAGUUGUUCGACAGGGCGAAGAAAUCUGAUAGGGCUUUGCUCCUCUUCAUAGAUGAAGCAAAUGCUUUCUUGUGUGAGUAA